AUGGAUGAGUACCACAGCUCAUCGCAUCACCAGCCUCUGCCCGCCCUGCGCCCCAGGUCCUCUGCCCGCCCUGCACCCCAAGGAACGGUGCGUAAAGCCACUGACAUCCUCACACCGGCCUCAAACCCAAACAGAGCAUCCUCCACGGCGUCCGGACAUCUCCCCUGCUCCUCUGAAGGGCACAGGCUGCGGUCUGUGGGGGGGCCUGGGGAGACAUGUGACCACAGCCUCUUCCAGAUGGAGAAACCUGAGUCUGCCCUGACAGACGGAGGCGAGGAGGUCCAGGGCCUCACAGGAGUAGGUGAGGAGGUCCAGGCCUUCACAGACACAGGCAAGGAGGCCCAGGCCCUCACAGACAGACAAGGAGGUCCAGGUCCUCACAGACAGAGCUAA